AUGGAGGGCAGGGGCUUCACAAGCAGAAAAGGGACCGGAUCCUUCAAACGUGCCUCUAUCAAGCGAACCGCAUCCGGGUCGCAGAAGUUCCAAAAAGCUUGGAUAGAGAGGACCUUCCAGAAAAGGGAAUGUAUUCAUAUAGUCCCAAGCAAAGACCCAACCAGAUGCUCCUGUGGUCAGAUGGUGAGCCAGCACACGGCCAUCCCUCCCGCCACAAAGAGCACGGAGGAAAACAACCAGAUCGUGCAGGCGGAAGCCCCGCAGGAGAGAUGGUCUGUCCUGAAGAACACAAAGGCAUCCCCCACUGACACCUAUGGCACCAUCGAGUUCCAAGGUGGAGGGUUCAUCAACAAGGCCAUGUACAUCAGGGUGUCCUACGACACCAAACCAGAUAGCCUGCUGCACCUGAUGGUGAAGGACUGGCAGCUGGAACUGCCCACUCUGCUCAUAUCUGUCCAUGGAGGUCUUCAGAACUUCGACAUGCAGCCCAAACUCAAGCAGGUGUUCGGAAAGGGACUGAUCAAAGCUGCCGUCACCACAGGGGCCUGGAUUUUCACAGGUGGAGUUAGCACCGGGGUGGUCCGUCAUGUUGGAGAUGCUUUGAAGGACCACUCCUCCAAGUCCAGAGGAAAAGUCUGUGCCAUAGGGAUUGCACCAUGGGGGAUUGUGGAGAACAAGGAAGACCUUAUUGGGAAAGACGUAACCAGACCCUACCAGAUGAUGUCCAACCCCUUGAGCAAGCUGUCCGUGCUGAACAGCAGCCACUCCCACUUCAUACUGGCCGACAACGGCACCUGCGGGAAGUACGGCGCGGAGGUCAAACUGCGCAGACUGCUGGAGAAACACAUCUCCCUGCAAAAGAUCAACACCCGUCUGGGCAAGGGUGUCCCGUUGGUGUGUCUGAUCGUGGAAGGGGGGCCCAAUGUGAUCUCCAUUGUGCUGGAGAGCCUGCGGGAGGAGCCUCCAGUCCCCGUGGUGGUGUGCGACGGCAGCGGCCGUGCCUCGGACAUCAUCUCCUUUGCACACAAAUACUCCGAGGAAGACGGACUAGUAACUGAGAAUGUGAAGGACCAGCUCCUGGUCACCAUUCAGAAAACAUUCAACUACAACCGCGGCCAGGCCCAGCAGAUCUUCUUGAUGGUGAUGGAGUGCAUGAAGAAAAGGGAACUUAUAACAGUAUUUCGAAUGGGUGCUGAGGGACAGCAGGACAUUGAAAUGUCCAUUUUGACAGCUCUGUUGAAAGGCACUAACGCCUCAGCACCUGACCAGCUGAGCCUGGCCCUGGCCUGGAAUAGAGUGGACAUUGCCCGCAGUCAGGUCUUUGUUUACGGGCACCACUUGCCUCCUGUAAGCUCCCUGGCCGCAGCCGCUGUCCCCCAGGAGAAGCCAAAAAGCCCAGCCAGCGCCCCACGAAGCAAGGCCAAGGGCCGGGGCAAGAAAGGGAGAGGAGCCAAGGCCAAGCCAGAGCCACCAGAGGAGACUGAUCCCAGGAAGUUAGAGCUAAUGAACUGGGUAAACUCCCUGGAGCAGGCUAUGAUGGACGCAUUAGUCCUUGACAGGGUGGACUUUGUCAAGCUGCUGAUCGAGAAUGGGGUGAACAUCCACCACUUCCUCACCAUCCCCCGCCUGGAGGAGCUCUACAACACAAGGUUGGGGCCAACCAACACAUUGCACUUUGUAGUCAGAGAUGUUAAAAAGGGAAACCUUCCUCCUGAUUAUCAAAUCACCCUGAUUGACAUUGGUUUGGUCCUGGAGUUCCUCAUGGGAGGAGCUUAUCGCUGUAACUACACAAGGAAGAGCUUUCGUGCCCUCUACAACAACCUGUAUGGACUAAAAAGGCCAAAAGCACUGAAACUUUUGGGAAUGGAGGACGAUGAACCACGUCCGAAAGGGAAAAAGAAAAUGAAGAAAAAGAAGGAGGAGGAGAUCGACAUCGACGUCGACGACCCUGAAGUCAGCCGCUUUCAGUACCCCUUCCAUGAGCUGAUGGUGUGGGCGGUUCUGAUGAAGCGCCAGAAGAUGGCGCUGUUCCUGUGGCAGAGGGGCGAGGAGGCCAUGGCCAAAGCACUGGUGGCCUGCAAGCUGUACAAGGCCAUGGCCCACGAGUCAUCCCAGAGUGAGAUGGUGGAUGACAUCUCCCAGGACCUGGACAACAACUCCAAGGAGUUUGGACAGCUGGCCUACGAGCUGCUGGACCAGUCCUACAAGCACGAUGAGCAAGUGGCCAUGAAGCUGCUGACCUACGAGCUGAAGAACUGGAGCAACUCCACCUGCCUGAAGCUGGCCGUGGCAGCCAAGCACCGCGACUUCAUCGCCCACACCUGUAGCCAGAUGCUGCUCACAGACAUGUGGAUGGGAUGCUUGAGGGUGGGCAAGAGCCCUGGCCUCAAGGUUAUUGUUGGCAUCAUUUUCCCACCCUCGAUUCUGCUCCUGGAUUUUCGUAUCGGUGAUGACAUGUCCUAUCAAGCCUCUGGGGACAGUGAUGAGAAGGACAAAGAUGAUGACAACAAAUCCAGCAAGGAUGCCAAUGCUGAUACUGUGUCCAAAAAAGGUGAUGAGGAAGAGGGAAGCAAGAAACUAAGGAAAAUUCCCAUCGGGCUGAAGAUUUACGAGUUCUAUAAUGCUCCUUUCACCAAGUUCUGGUUCAACACCAUUUCCUACCUUAUGUACCUGAUGCUGUACAACUACAUCAUCCUAGUCAAGAUGGAGCGUUGGCCCUCUCUCCAGGAAUGGACAGUCAUCUCGUACAUCCUCACCCUGGGACUGGAGAAAGUCAGAGAGAUCCUGAUGUCAGAGCCAGGCAAACUGAGGCAGAAGAUCAAAGUGUGGUUGCAGGAGUACUGGAACAUCACAGAUCUGGUGGCCAUCUCCACCUUCCUGCUAGGCUUCCUACUUCGGUUACAGAGCGAACCAUACAUGGGCUACGGCCGGGUCAUCUACUGUGUGGACAUCAUCUUCUGGUACAUCCGUGUGCUGGACAUUUUCGGAGUCAACAAGUACCUGGGCCCCUAUGUCAUGAUGAUUGGGAAAAUGAUGAUUGACAUGCUGUACUUCGUGGUGAUCAUGCUGGUGGUGCUGAUGAGCUUUGGAGUUGCUCGGCAGGCGAUCCUACACCCAGAUGAGGAGCCCACCUGGCGUCUCGCCCGAAACAUCUUCUACAUGCCCUACUGGAUGAUCUAUGGAGAAGUGUUUGCGGAUUCCAUAGACCGUAAGACUAGAAUUCAUAUCUACGCCAUGGAGAUCAAUCCUCCUUGUGGUGAAAACAUGUAUGAUGAAGAUGGCAAGAAGCUGCCACCUUGCAUUCCAGGAGCCUGGCUCACACCUGCCAUUAUGGCCUGCUACUUAUUGGUCGCCAACAUCCUUCUGGUGAACUUGCUCAUUGCUGUCUUCAACAACACCUUCUUUGAGGUCAAAUCCAUUUCCAACCAAGUGUGGAAGUUCCAGCGAUAUCAGCUGAUCAUGACAUUCCACGACCGGCCGGUCCUCCCUCCUCCCUUCAUCAUUUUCAGUCACAUGUUCAUCGUGUUCAAACGCAUCUACCAGCGCUGCAAAAAGAAGCAGGAUGGCGACCUGGACGAGCGGGAUCGUGGGCUGAAGCUCAAUCUAAAUCCGGAGGAGCUGAAGAGCCUGUAUGAGUUUGAGGAGCAGUGCCUGGAGGAAUAUUUUCGUGAAAAGGAAGACGAGCAGCAAUCCUCCAACGAUGAGCGCAUUCGGGUCACAUCAGAAAGAGUGGAGAACAUGUCGAUGCGCUUGGAGGAGGUGAACGAGAGGGAGCACUCCAUGAAGGCAUCUUUGCAGACGGUGGACCUGCGCCUGGCCCAGCUGGAGGAGUUCUCUGGGCGGAUGAUGAAUGCGCUGGAGAAGCUAGCCGGGGUGGAAAGGUCCGACCUGUGCCGCACUCGCUCAGGGGCCUCGACGCCGGGUGACCAAUGCACCUUGCUGCGGAACAGCAGCAUCAACAGCGCUGAUGGGUACAGCCUCUACCGCUACCACCUGGAAAUGGACGACCGACAGACUGACGACAAGGAUGGUGAGGACAAGAAGGGCCAGCUGGCCCCUGAGCGUCAAGGUAGUCUGCGCCAAACCUCCAGCAGCACCACUACCACCACCAAGGAGUACGGGCAGACCUUAGACGUGGUUGUCCCCGGAGAGAGGAGAGCCCCCAGCUCUUGUGUGGAUAUCCUGAUCUCCCCGUGUGAAGAUGAAGUGCCAGGUGGAGGGGAAGACAAGAGCGCAGAGGUCACCACACCACAAGAACCCACGCCCCCUCCAGAAAGCCAGGACCCUCUCGACACCAUGCUUGCUGCCAAGGGAGGAGCUGUGGAGAAGGCUAAGCUGGAGGCUGCCAUCUCAUACCCCCUUGAGAAGUCAAAAGCCCUGGAGUACUAUCCAUCAAAGGCCAUCAGCUCCUCUCCCCCACCGGCCAUCAAGUAUGGGAGUAGCAUUGUCUACACACCAGCCCAAAGGGAAGACGAGGCAAGGUGGGCCACAGAUUACAGUGCCCUCAAGGAGCAGGUGGUCAAAUCUCCGACGUUAGGCCAAUGGAAGCCACACUUUGAGUAUAAGGUGCAUCCCGCCUUGUUCGGCCACACGCCCAAAGUGUCUGUGGGAGAAGGGAAGGAGCUGACUACAGAAGGUGGAGAAGACCAGGGAAAACCAAGUGAAAAUGAGCAGGAGGGUAGAAAGGGAGAAGACCAGGGGCCAACGGAUGGAGGGAAAGAGCAGAGGACUGAAGGAGAAGCUCACGGGAGAGCAGGGGGUGAGGGCAGAGAGCCGGCGACGGGGAUAGACACCGAUCACCUAUUCGUUGCGGAUGACAGGUUGUACCCACCUCUGAGGUCCAAAAGUUUGAAUGCAAACCCGCGGAAGGCAAAAGCGCUGGGAGACAACGCAGAAAAGCCCAGAGCCAGCAGCAGCGUCAGAGAUAUCGUGGGGGCAUGUGGAGCUUCACCUGAUCAGCCAGAAGAAGAAAGGCCAGCAGACGUUGAUGGGAGGGUGGCAGACGAAACAGACUGCUGA